CAUAUGGUUGACUCUCUCCUCUCCUCUCCCCUUCUUUUUUAAUUUCUUCAUCACUCGCUUCAUUUCUCUCCUCUUCUUCAUCCUCCUUUAUUGAACCAACACAACUUACAAGGAAACUGUUGAAUCUAUCUCUCUGUCUGUAUUUAAACGUCUCCUUUGACCUUUUUUUAAACGAGUACUUAUUAAAGUGUCUUUUGUGUUUAACAACAUGGCGGUGGAGCUGAUGAUGAGCAGCAGCAGCUACGGCGGAGUUAAAGGAGACGGCUUCCCUGCAAUCUCCGCUGCGGUUAAAAUGGAAGACACAGCUCUUAGAGAAGCUGCUUCCGCUGGGAUUCACGGCGUUGAGGAGUUUCUUAAACUCAUCGGUCAGACUCAGAGUCAACCCACGGAGAAGAGUCAGACUGAGAUUACGGCGGUGACUGACGUCGCUGUUAACAGUUUCAAGAAGGUGAUUUCUCUUCUCGGCAGAUCUAGAACAGGGCACGCUAGAUUCAGACGAGCCCCCACCACCACCGCGACGCAGACGCCGUUUAUCAAGCAAACGGCGGUGGAGGAAGAGGAGGAGAAGAAGCCAGAGACAACCGCCGUGUUUGCGAAACAGAAAACAGAGCAAUACCACGCCGGUGGAUCUGCGUUUAGAGUUUACUGUCCAACACCGAUUCACCGUCGUCCCCCUCUAUCACACAGCAAUCAGAACCAAACAACGAAGAACGGUUCGUCUUCUUCGUCUCCUCCGAUACUCGCAAACGGAGGAGCACCGUCAACGAUAAACUUCGCGCCGUCACCACCAGUCUCAGCGACGAACUCAUUCAUGUCUUCUCAUAGCCAUAGGUGUGACACCGCCGACACUAGUCACAUGUCAUCAGGAUUCGAGUUCACUAACCCAUCUCAUGUCUCUGGUUCGAGAGGUAAACCUCCUCUGUCAUCAGCUUCGUUGAAGAGAAGAUGUAACUCAUCUCCUUCAAGCCGUUGUCAUUGCUCCAAGAAAAGGAAAUCAAGAGUCAAAAGAGUGAUUAGAGUUCCAGCGGUAAGCAGCAAAAUGGCUGACAUACCAUCAGACGAGUUCUCAUGGAGAAAAUAUGGUCAGAAACCAAUCAAAGGCUCUCCUCAUCCUCGGGGAUAUUACAAGUGCAGCAGCGUGAGAGGGUGUCCGGCGCGUAAGCAUGUAGAGCGUGCACUGGACGAUGCGAUGAUGCUUAUCGUGACGUACGAAGGAGACCACAACCAUGCUUUGGUGCUCGAGACGCAUCAUGACAAAACUCUUUAAUCCCCGGUCGUUGCCGUUCUGAGUUUGAAAGCUAGUGUCAAGUGUGUGACCACUAAAUCCAGAUUAGUCAACGACACAGUGGGCCUGCACUGCACUUUAUUAUUCUUUCUUCUUUUCUUUUUUAUUAUUGAAAGACGUUUUGAGAAGGAAAAAAAAAAAGCUUUUUUGCUU